UUAAUCUAGCCGCAAUACAUAUCGUUAUGAAAGAGGAUAGCGCGUGGCGUCGGAUACUUUUCCUAUUACCACUAGGGUUAAGUUUCUCUUCUCCCCUAAUUCAAAUAUCAACCCAACUCUCUCUCUCUCUCUCUCUCAUCUUCCUCUUUCCUCAAUCAACAAACAAUCCACAAUAAAACGAACAAUCUCUCUCCAAUUCUCCUACAAACAACCGGAAGCAAGCCCAGAGCCGUAAGAAUUUUGUUAGGAUCGCUGCGCGCUUUAGGAUUGUAAUCAAUUAUGGUGGCAGAAGCGGAGUUUGUAUGUCAUCCAACCGUCGCCUUUCAAUGCAUUCGCGUUCCCCCGCCUAAUCUUCAAUCGGAUUUCUUCGACAUGUCGCAGCCCGAUACCGCUGCGCCUAUUCCCGUCGACCUCUCUCGUCGUGAAUCGGCGCUGAGCUGCUCAACUAGUUUACAAAUUACCAAAGCAUCUGAGACUUCGACCAGAAAGUUUGUUCCAAGAAUUCGAUCGGGCAGCCACACUGAUAUUGGACCUCGUAGUUCCAAUGAGGAUGAGCACAUCAGGAUUGAUGACCUAUGCAGCCACUUGGGCUCCCUCUACAGCUGGUCAGAACCGAGCUCCUUUUAUGCUGUGUUUGAUGGUCAUGGUGGACCAGGGGCUGCAGCUUUCAUGAAGAACAAUACUAUGAAAUUUUUCUUUGAGGAUGCUGAAUUGCCUCAAACAUCUGAUGUUGAAGAAACCUUCUUGCAAGCGUUUGAGACUUGUCAUCGAAGAUCAUAUUUACAGGCGGAUCAAGCCUUGGCUGAUGAUCUCAAUGUUGAUUCAUAUUGUGGAACAACAGCACUUACCGUUCUGGUUCAUGGAAGAAAUCUACUCAUAGCAAAUGCUGGCGACUGUCGUGCUGUCCUCUGUAGGAAAGGAGGUGCAGUCCAGCUAUCACAAGAUCACAGACCUUCUUGUCAAGUGGAGAAAGAGAGGGUGGAGGAUUUGGGUGGUUCAAUUGAAUAUGGAUACCUAAAUGGUGAGCUUGCGGUCACACGAGCUCUUGGCGAUUGGUAUAUGAAACUCCCAGUUGGAUCUGCUUCACCUCUCACUGCCGAGCCUGAAUUUCAGUUGACUAAGCUGACUGAGGACGAUGAGUUCUUGAUAAUUGCAUGCGAUGGUAUUUGGGAUGUUAUGUCGAACCAGGAGGCAGUUAGCCUAGUACAGCAAGAGCUGAGGUACCACAACGACCCAGAACAAUGUGCUAGAGAGCUCACCAAUCAAGCGUUAAUGCAAGAUACAGGUGACAACGUCACAGCCAUCGUGGUUUGUUUCUCCUCUUCUGAGCGUCAAGAUACAGUUUCCUGUCAAAAGCCGAGAUUGAGAUUCUGCAUGUCUGAAGAAGCAAGGGCCAAGUUGAGGAAGUUCAUAGAAGACAAUUGAACGAAAACCGGCGGGCGAGAGCUGCAGCUGCUUGAGCUAGCUAUAUACUAUAUUCUUUGUGAAGAUAAUCAUACAUAUUAAAUGAUUAUUUUUCUUCUGUUUUGAGGUUGCUUCAGAAAGCAGUGAGAAAAAGCAACCUUGUAUUGGUGGCAGUAGUCAUGAGUGAAUCUAAAUAUUAUUGAAUUUGAACAA